AUGACUGGAGUCAUUAUAGCCCAGCUCUUUCGUGUACAUCACUCCGAAAAUCCCAAUCCUCAACUUGGCUUCUUUGUACUGGGAGUGCCUCUGGCAGCUACUUUCGUCAUCUUGGCCAUCAUUGUACUCCUUAUUGGAGCGUUCAGGUUCUGGAGACAGCAAAAUGCCUUGGUCAGGGGGAUGAUUCAUGCUGGCGGCUGGGAGAUUUCGACUAUCAUGCUUUUUAGCAUCUUGCGUUCACAGCAGCAACAGCAACAGCAGCAUCAACAGCAGCAUAAGCAGCAACAGCAGCAACAGCAGCAACAGCAGCAACAGCAGCAACAGCAGCAACAGCAGCAACAGCAGCAGUCACAGCAACAGCAACAACAAGACGACGACGACGACGAUGACGAUGACGAUGACGAUGAAGAUGCGGAGGCACGCGAAACGGAGAGGCGUCUUCAACAGGAGAAGCUGGACCACCAACAGGCUCUCCUAGCCAGGGAAGCGGAGGCACGAGAAACGGAGAGACGACUUCAGCAGGAGAAGCUGGACCAUCAACGCACUGAAAGGCUCCUUGGUACCCUAAAAGAGUUACAGCACACUAUGGAUCCUCUUAUAGCUCUGCAGGUCUACAACAAUCGCUCCUGUCCCCUGAUCGGUCGUCUGCCAGAAGAACUUCUCCUAGGCAUACUUGAAUUUCUUUACGACGAUGUGGUGACGGUCCUAUGUCUCCGAAUGGUCUCUAGGAUAUUCUUUCGCCUCCUUAACUAUAAAUCAAGCGCUUGGAGAAACCCGUUUCAGCACGGUCUGUGGAGGCCUGGCAUUCACUAUCUACCCCGAGGGCAACUGCUACAAUUUCGAAGACUCUUGCAGAGAUCUGGGCGGUGCGACAAUUGUAGGCGUUGGAACGACGCGCAUGCACAUGUACUAUACGACGACUGCAAAUUCCAUCAGCAUCGCCGCGAGCCCCCACUCUUUGACAGGCUUUACUGCUACGCUUGUCACAGUCUCCACGACUUUCGCCAGUUCUCGUCUAGCUACCAGCUUGCAUGGAGGGAUCAACCGGAACGACGGUGUUUAGGUCAACAGGGGCUGGUAAAGCUGUGUGAGCAUGUGCAAAUCGCCUGGGCAAGCAUCAAGGAGCAUAUCGACAAGUGGCGGCGGCAGCAGCAGUGUGGAGGGGGAGACUGGCAAGCUUGCCUCGACAGCUUUACUAUUGAGUGCCACGAUAUUAGCCACGAUACACGAUGCACGCCCUUAGGGGCCCCCACCUGGCCUCGAGCUCGUCUCUCUAAAGGCAUCCAUGACUCUGAUUUUGUAGUCCUCAAUCUAGAGUGGGCACCUCACGCCCGCAUCGACGCUCUCGCCCUACCUGGGGAUAAUCGAAUACCUGCAACUGAGCUAAGGGCACUGUUCCAGAGGCUGAGGCUUCGAGGACCUGCUGAUACACUGUACCCUUCGUACCGUCCAGGCGCUCUACCCGAGAUGGCAUGUUGUGGUUCAUCGUCUUAUAUAGGAACCUUCAUUAAGUAUGAAGCAGGCGAGGGUAAUCAGACAGUGCUCCAACCACCACUAGUCUUACCGCCAUACUCGCAAAUCUGGCCGUACCUUUUUGAUAGCUAUGGAUUAGGACGCUGUGGCAAGAUACUAAGGGUUACCCCUCAUUACCUUGAAGGUGAUGGCGACAACUGCAGCGCAUUGCCGCAAUGCCUCAAAGUCAGCUACAAGAAGGAUAUCAUGAUUUGCAAGAUAGCACAUGUGACGGACCCGGCUAUCAAGAUUAUCCCCACCGACCAUUGGCUCCACGCCAUGGAUAUCAACACAUACCCUCAUCCGUCGGCGAGCCAUAUCAGGCCCCAGUGCAAGGACAGCACCUGCACCAACUACUAUCAAAAACCUCGGGAGGAUCACUCCUGCAUGACUUGGCCCCAGGCCGACCGACCCCUAAAUUGGUAG